AUGGUAGGUGUUCUGUACACAGGCAUAGAUGAUGGUCGGUUAAUUGCAAUUAAUGGUACUGAAGUUAAUACUAUAGCAUCAUUUCAUGCAAGUAAUGAUGAGUCUAUACCAUGUGGUAUCCCAGCCAUAGAACAUCUGUGUGGACGCCCUCUAGGACUACGGUUCGACAAGAGUGGAUCAUCCUUGUAUAUAAUAGAGGCUUAUUCUGGAUUGUAUAAGAUUAACUUAACUUCAGGUACUGCACAACAUCUUUCCAAGUACAAUGAUCAAUAUAUAGGGGAACAUAUGCAAUUUGUCAAUGACCUUGAUGUAACUUCUGAGGGCGUGGUGUACUUCAGUGACUCCAGUUCCCAGUGGCACCGACGGGAUUAUGCCUACUUGGGAGUUGAGGGGUCUGCAACAGGAAGGAUUUUUAAGUAUAAUCCUAGUACAGACCGCACCGAGGUUGUUCUUGAUGAUCUAGCUUUUCCAAAUGGAGUGCAAUUGUCUCCCAAUGAAGACUUCCUUCUUUUUUGUGAAACAACAUAUGCAAGAAUAAAUUUGUUGUUUCUAAAGGGAACCAUGAAGGGCCAAGUUGUAAGCUUUGUUGAGAAUUUACCAGGACUGCCGGACAACAUUCGAGUCAGUAGUAAUGGCGGUUACUGGGUUGGCUUUAGUGUUGUACGUAAACAGCCUUUCUCACUCUUCGAUUUCUUAUCAGACAAGCCUUGGGUUAGAAGUUAUAUUUCAAAGGUAAUAACCCAACUUUUUGUUUAUGUUAUUCUAACAGAAAUAAUGCACUCUUCAAAGUGCCUUUUCCAUGUGUUAGGAUUAGUUACAUCCUCUAGAUCGGGAAGGCCCUAGUCAUACCCACUUAGGCUCUUGUAGGGAAUAUUUUAACACCGUCAGGGUUGUUUUCCCUCUUCCUAU